UAUGUAAUCAGCAGUGUAGGUGCAAGAGUAGCCAGCGCCGGUAUGUCAGUAGUACGCGGUUGAGGUUGCACGCGACUCGUUUCUAAGGGGUAUAUUUAGAAGAUACUAAUUCGCAAUUUUGAGGGUUUGCUUUGAAAUUCUUCUGAAACAUUCAGUGAAUGUUUAAAACAAAUUAAUCGAUAGUAAGUAAGCAAAGUCAUCGUAUUUUUUCGUCAAUUGAGAGCUGGUGGUCAAAAUGGCGGAGAAGAAUGACUCGCCGGGUUCCACCUCGACUUCUGUCGGGCAAGAAAGCCAACAAUUGCUUUCAAGUUUCAUAGGUGAAAUUGUAAGGAGUCCAGUUAAUCUUAUUUUAGUAGCUGUAAUUGCGUUGCUGGUCUACAAAAUCGUUAAAAGCAAAACGAAGGUGGAAGAACCUGUAGAAGAAGUAAAGAAGCUCCCCAAAUUGCGACGUGAUUUUACUGUUGAAGAAUUGAAAAAGUAUGAUGGUACAGGACCAGAUGGACGAAUAUUAAUUGCAGUUAAUGGCAGCGUUUACGAUUGUACACGGGGUGCCAAAUUUUAUGGCCCUGGUGGUACCUAUGCAGCAUUUAGUGGUCGUGAUGCUAGUAGAGGCUUAGCAACAUUUAUACUGGAAACAAAAGAUGAGUAUGAUGAUUUAAGUGAUUUGGACACAGCCCAAAUGAAUUCUGUUAAAGAAUGGGAAGAACAGUUUAAAGAAAAAUAUGAUUAUGUGGGAAAAUUACUUAAACCUGGUGAAGCACCUACAAAUUAUUCUGACGAAGAAGACGAGGGUAGUCAACAAGAGACUGAAUCAAAAGCUGAACAGCAAGAAAGUGGAACCAAAUCUGAUCAGGGAAUUGAUACAAAGUCAAAGAACGAUUGACCACUUGAUUGUACACCAAAUACCAAACAGUUUCAAAAAGUUAUUGCGCACAUACCAUCAUUAAAAAAAACUCUUAAAAUUUGUGGCUCAUGAAUGUAUUCGUGGACAUUCAUCUAAAUAUUUUACUACAUCAUAAUGAAAUAAAGAGUAAAGUGGUAUCUUUUGAUCAAGUUAAAAGCAUAUAAAGAUUCAAAACUAAUGUUACAUGCAAAGACUUUUUUUGAGUAUCCAAUUUUCCAGUCAAUAAGGAUGCUCAUAUAGUAUAAUGUUUUUAUAUAUGUACAAAAGAUUUCUUACAGAUCAUUAAAACUGGCGCUAGGCAUAAGACAGAUAACAUUUGAACUAUAUUCCAUUAUUGAGAAACUUUGUUUGUACUAUUGUCUUUGUUCUGUCGCGUAGCAUUUGUUACAUAUAUGUAUUUGAUAUCUGUAAAAAAUUAACAAAACAGUGUUAUAUUUGACAUGCAUUUGAAGUUUAAUAUUAAAUUAAUGCGGUAUCGUGCAUAUUUGUACUACAAAAAGUAUAUAGCAUUUCUAAAGCUAAAAACAGUGUGCUUUGUUAUAACGCGAUAACUUUCAGCAUAUAACUUCACUUUAUAUUAAACUAGGUUCGGUUUAGAAAAACGUGAACGAAAAAUCAGACUUAUCUAAAAUGAUACGUGAGUGUGUAAGUUUCUUAACAGCAGGUUACAUUAAAAUUUCGAGUUAAAAAUUUAUCAAAAGUGAUAAAUAUUUACUAGUCUUUUUUAUACGAAUAGAAGUGAAGGUAUGUUCUGUAAAACUUGCUAUAAAUUUUAAUACACCAUGCAAAUUGUUAUUGUUUAGAGAUGGCAACUUUUUAAAAGUAAUUAAUAUUUACUUACGGAACAUUGUUUGUAAAGCUACUCGUUCUUUACUUUUUAAACUAAGAGAAAGUAACAAACUUACAUCCACUUAGGUACAUAGACAUAUACUGUAUAACAUUAGAAUGCAAGGAUUCUCUAAAUAUCUUAAUUAUUCGUGUAAUUAAUCUUAUUUUAUCUAAUAAUUUAAUUAGUACGAUUUUUAUAAUAAACCAAUAUUUAUAGUUAACGUUGAGCUAAAAGACAAGUUUGAAUUUUUCAAAAAUGCGUUUUUUUAAACUGUGCUGUUAAAGAUAAUAACAUUUAUUUAUAAUAAAAACGUUGUUAAUGCAAAAAAUACUACAUACGAUUUAAUGGAGUUAGACUGCUUUAACUGCAAACAAAUUUUACUACGGUUUUCAUUGAUCUAUAAAUUAUUGUAGAAAGCAAAAAAUAUUGUAAUUUGUACAAAAAUUUACAUGUCAAUUUACAAAAAUUCACUUAUGAAUGAUGUUAUACUGAAAUAUUUUCAGUUUAUUUAAGCCGAGUUGAUUCUACAUCAUUCCUACUAAACAAAAUUUUAUAAACUGUUUCAAAACUUUGCAUUUAUGUAUGAUAAUAGUUUAUCAAAAUCUGAACUGUAGAAAGCGGUAUUAUUGAGAAAACUGCAUUUUUUUUGCAACAAAGAUCAUAUCCACUCAAUCUUUUUCACUGAUACAAUCAGCAUAUAAUAAGAGACUGAGUUUUCUGCAAAUAUUUGCAUUGUAAUUUUAUUAUAAUAUUCCACCUUCUAAAUAAUAAAAUCGGUGCAUAUUUUUUUAUAUAUUUAUUAUCUAUAAUUCGUAUGAAAAGAUUUUACUCAGAGUAAAAUUUGAAUAAAACAUCUGACCAAGUUUAUUUUAUACAAAUACAGUUAUGUAGUAUGUUCUACUUUUCUAUAUAUAUUACAUAUAUUUGAUUUAUUGAUUAACAGCAAAGAAUUUUAAUCCCAUUGUUUCAGAAUAGUUUGUCAGAAACAUUGUUAUAUCUUUUAUGUUAGAUAGAGUGUUAACAAAUUUCUAUGAUGGUGUGUUGAUAGCUACAAACAUCAAUUAAUAGCAACUUUGUGUAAGAUUAUUUAUAAGAAAUGUUGUGUAUUGUUAUCAAAAUGUACUUUCUGUUAUUAUAAAAGAGCGAGGUUUGGGUACUCUUAUUAGAUAUACCAGAAAUGAUA